GCCAUGGUGUGGAUAGCGUAGUGUGUGCGUCGCUGUCAAUAUUCGUAGUUUUCUUUUCAAGAGGGGGCGGUUGUAUUUCGAGGAUGGAGGAGGACGAAUUCUUUGCUUACGAGCGUGGAGUCCUUGAGGCAUACUUUUCAGCACUGGGCCGCUUCAAUUUCGACAAAGCGAAGGAGAUUGUGGAGAAAGAGAGAGAUGUUACGGUGAAGUCCCUUCACUUAUUCAGCUGCGUCUUGACGGCGCUGUCGCAGUUAGCAGUGGCGGAAAAAUUGUACAUGUCUUUGCAGUAUGUAGUGCCAAAAAGCUUCCUUAGAAAAGAUACGUCGUUAAGAUCUAUCUACGAGGCCCUACGGGUUGAAUUCCACCGCUUGAAGGAGCAGGUGCCCUGCGUUACUCCUCCUUCAGCCAGCCCGUCGCCUUCAAACGCUUCACCUCUCCUGACACCCUCACCAUCGGCUGCUUCUUUGACGUCCAUGAACCCAGUGGCGGUCGUCGGCUCGUACCACAGCUCAUCAUCCACCCUGUCUCAGUCCCCUCCGCUACCAGCAAUAGGGUCGUUUCUAAGCCAUUUCUGCGGGCAGCUCUACACCUACGUGAUCGCACGUACAAAAGCCAUGGACUUCUACAGCAAACUCUACACUGCAAGUAAUGGGAAGAUGAUAAAGUUCAGGGACUUCUCGGCAAUGCUGAAUGAAAUCAUUGUACAUAAUCAGAAGCUCUUCCACCACCCCUUGUUGGUUCCAAUUAAGUCCUCAUUCAGCAUUGAACUGGAGGUCAUUCAUCACCUGCUGGAAGCACAAGUAAUUAUGUCCCAGUGGCAGUUUUUACAGUCACUGGUACAUCUUAGGGAAGCACAGGCGAAGCUUAGUGAAUGGAAUGCCAGCAUAGUCCAAUCCGACGCCCGUCGUCGAACAACUUCGCUGCUGCGUGCUGACAAGAUGCCAAGCCUAUUCACUUGGCUCAACCGGCUCUAUGCUGUCAUGAUUGCCAAGUUCUCAUUGUACUUCAACAGAAUUCUAAGUAAACAGACCACGCAUCAAGAAAUGAAGAAUUUGGGUAACAAGUUGACCAUAGAUUACUGUCAGAGGAUUGCAAUGUUCCACAAGUGGACGGACGCACUCUGCAUGGUGUUGUUAUUUGAUGCGGUUGGUGUGGAGAGCUACUAUGAGCAUGGUUACCGCCACCCAGACCACAAUGUGGAGGUUCCCAAAGGCAUAGACAAUUACCCAGCUAUCUAUUACUACCCCAGUACAUACCAAGAAAAGCAACAUAGGCCUAAUGUGAUCAUGAUCAUCAACAACAGGGCAGCAGAGCUCAAUAAUGAAGGAAUUGUGUGCUUCUAUGACACACAUGUGGACACAACCUACUUUUUGACGAAGCUGGAUCAACGAGUGACCCUGAUAGCAAUUUAUGGAUCGCAAAAGUAUGAGCGAGACGCACGCAUUGUGGGCUUCAUGCAAGAUCUAGCGCAGGAACUUCGUGGCAAUCAUGUCUUUUCGGCGUUAAAACCUGGAAACAAAUAGACGCCAUUGACUCAUUGUGAAUGACCACAGUGUGCAGUGUUCACAUUCAUGUCAACUCUGCUUCGUAAACCUCUUUUCCCACUGCAGUGGAAGGCAUCAAUUUUUUUAUUAGGUGGUGCACUGCUGCACAAGUGGUAUAACCAAAGUGAUUAUGUAAUGGAAGCAGCACUUGACCUCAUCUUCAAGAGCAUGGUACACUGUGAUGUAGAAAGCGAAUUAUUUAAAAUGUUUUUCUUGUUAA